GCCACCAUGGCAAGCUCUUGCGGCAGUGAUUUCUUGAGUGACUUCAUAGAAAUUUAUCGAAAUGAGCCAUGUUUGUGGUUCAUUAAAUCUAAGGAUUAUUCAAACAGAGAAGUGAAAAAUGCAGCAUAUGGUAAAUUAGUAAAUAAACUUCAAGAAAUUGAUCCUAGUGCUAAUAAAGAUACUGUUGUUAAGAAAAUAAACAACUUGAGGAGCUCAUACAAUAAAGAGCUGAAAAAAGUGCAAGCGUCUAAAAGUUCGGGGAGCGGUUCAGACUCCAUUUAUACGCCAAAACUCUCAUAUUUUCAUCUGAUGCAUUUCAUCAAAGACCAAAAUGUGGAAUGUGAACCAUCUGUUUCAAACAUGAGCCUUAAUACACAGGAAAUCAAUGAAGAGCAAUCUCAAGAAGACGAUCUUACUGAAGAGAGGGAAACCCAACAUGAGGAUGAUUCAUCGCUACUGCCUUCACGGCAGACUACAUCAGUCCUACCGGCACCACCAAAAAGGCGCAGAUCGGUUCAAGGCAAAGCUGAUCACGUUUUGGACCUUGUAGCAAAAAGGCUGGAAGCACCUCCAAAUUCGGAAUAUGAUGUGUUUGGUAUGUAUGUGGCUAAAACGUUACAAAGCUUGCAUUUAGCAAACCCGGGGAUGUAUCCGGUUGUUAAAAAGCUAAUAAAUGACGCUAUCUUCGAGGGUGAAAUGGGCACAUUGACGCCCUAUUCACGAAUUGCCCAAAACCAAGCUCCAUCUCUAUCUAGCACUCCUGUACCUACUCCAAGCCCAAGUCACUACCAAGCUCCAUCUCUGUCUAGCACUCCUGUACCUACUCCAAGCCCAAGUGCGGAUUACAAUGAUGAGACAUGAUAUUCUCCAAAUGUAAUGUAGGUACACAUGUACAUUUAUGAACCUUGGAUACUCUGGAAUAAAGUUUGAAACUUCUUUAUUU